CUAUUUUACAUCACAAAAAUCCACAACCAGAAAAAACAAAAACAAACAUGAAGAAAAAGAUCCCCAAUUUCUUCUUCCUCAUCCUCCUCCUUCUAUCCUUCACAUCUCAAAUCCACUCAUCACAACAUUUCAUCAAACCACCAACAAAAAAACCCAACAAUUACGCCGACGACGUCACACCGCCGCCGCAAGAAUAUUUCCAAGUGACACACUCACUCCCGACCGACAACCUCGUACCAUCAUGCACAAUCAACUCACUCACUCACUCUUUCGAAAACACAUACAACACUCCUCCAGUCACUGUUCCGUACACCCCACCUCCGACGUCAUGUCUCUGGUCUCACGCCGUCCUUAACUUUCACGUCGAAAUAGCCGGCGAACAGUACGACCGCAUUGCCGGUGUUUGGAUGAACGGUGUGGAGAUUUUACGUACCAGUACUGCUCAGCCGACUGAAAAUGGAAUCUUCUGGAAUGUACGUAAAGAUGUUAGUAAGUACACGUCGAUCUUAUCUGAAGAUGACGUCACGUUGUCUGUUAUGUUGGAAAAUAUUGUAAAUGAUGAGUUUACUGGUAUUUAUCAUGUUAAUGUCACGUUUGAGUUUUAUGAUAUGAAUCGUAAUGGAAAUUAUAAUAAUAAUAAUAAUGCGGGUUUAUUUCCGUUAUCUAUGGUUACUAAAAGAAAUAAAAUGAAAGAAAUUAGUAAUUUAAAAAACAGAAAAGUACUGUAUUCUGUUGAGAAUGAUUAUAAUAAUUUGAUAAAUAAUUUAAAUAAGCCUGCGGAUUUAAUUGUGCCGGUAUCUUUGGCUAAUGGGGAGGAAGAAGGGUAUUGGUUUAGGAUACAGAAUGAAUCGGAUGUCAUGGAAACGGAUAUUGGAAUUGAUAAGAGGACUUAUAAGGCGGUAUUAGAAGUAUACGUUUCAUUUCAUGGAAAUGAUGAGUUCUGGUAUAUGAAUCCGUCUGAUUCGUAUGUAGAGGUUAAUAAUUUGGAUACAGGGAGGGCCCACGGAGCAUAUCGUGAGGUUUUAGUGACGAUUGAUGGUCAAUUAGUAGGGGGAGUGGUACCGUUUCCUGUGAUAUUUACUGGAGGGAUAAAUCCGUUGUUUUGGGAGCCAGUUGUGUCAAUUGGGGCUUUUGAUUUACCGUCUUAUGAUAUUGAUAUAACGCCGUUUUUAGGGUUACUUUUGGAUGGGAAAAAGCAUAGUAUUGGGUUACAAGUGGCUGAUGGGAUUUCGUUUUGGCUUGUGGAUGCGAAUUUGCAUAUGUGGUUUGAUAGUAAAGAUGUGAAAGCGGAAAUUGUCAAGUCUAAAGUUCCGGCUAUGGAGAUUGAACGCAAGUAUGAGUUUGAGAGGUUAGAUGGUGAGUUUGAGAUAGAAGGAGAACGAGAAAUUGUAGUUAUUUCGUGGGUGAAUUCGACCAUGGGGAACCUAAGUACAGAAUUGAAUCUUAAAAGCAAGUUUAAGAACAAAAUCAAGUACAAAGACCAGGGUGCUAAGAAAGAACUUGAUCAUAGCUACAAGAAAAAGACUAAAGUAAAGACCACUGAUGAAUUUGGUAAUGUGGUGGGAAAGACAAAAGUGAAGAUAGACUAUCCGUUGACGGUUGAAACCGAGACUUUACCUGGACCAGAACAAGGUACUUCUGUGAUGACAACGAAACUUGAGCAAGAACGAAGUGAAAAGGUUUCCGAUGAUAAAGAUACAACGGGUUUGAGUCACAAACAAAGUUGUGAUGGUACGAUGGUAGUGAAAGGUAAAGAAGUUCUUUCGGGCUCAGCAGAUAAUCAUCAAGACUAUGAAUACACAGACGGGCUUGUUUGUUAUUCUCGAAAGGUAGAUGUUUUGAAUGGUACUAUCGUAACGGAUGUUACAAGCUCGAAUUGUAACAUGUUUUAUUAGUUCUUAUAUGUUAGGAUCCUGUUUAUGUAAAAUUUCAAUAAGUUAGUUAGGAUUGUGUCAUUGUGUGUAUGUUAAGUAUGUCUAUGACAUGAUAAAUAAGUUGUAGAGAAGUUUAGGUUUGGGCUUUGUUAUCUUGAAUAAAAUCUUGCGAUGGUUCAAGUA